AUGAAGACCGGUCGUGGCAACUGCACGACCACCAUGGGUCGUGGGUUCGUGGGUCUUGGCACUAAUUCAAGUGAAGCAGCGUUGUGUCGAGAGCACCAGCAGUUGCGACUGGUACUCAACGUGCCAGAAGACACGGUCGCAAAGAGCCUCCGCCCGGGGCAUCCACAAUUGGCCUUGCCGAAGAUGUCGCCGGAGGCCGCCAGCUGCGGUGUAGCGGUUUCCGCGCCGCGGAAAGCACUGGAACUGCCAAAGAGCUGUUGGAUGUGCGUCACCUGGCAUCUCUUUACCCAUGAACUCUUGGGAAAGUUUGCGCGAAUCAGCAGCGCUUUCGCUGCGUUGCUGGGAGACGAACGCUGCUGGCGAACCUUGGCGGAACCCAAGAGACCUGCCAUCACGGAGCGGUUGCUGCAGCUGAUGUUGGUGGAGGAGCAGGACUUGUGGGCAUGGCCUCUGUGCCAAGUACGGAAUGUGGAUUUGGAUCUGUCGUGUGCAGAGCACAGUACCAUCCAACAUGUGCGAACUCUGCUCAUGAAAAAAUUGGACGUGGAGGAGACUUUGCAGCAGGUGCGUUUGCGCAAUAUCCCCAUGGCGGCCAAGCCUCGUGAAGAUUCCUACACCGAGUUUGACCAAGAUUUGAUCAGAUUGGUGAACCCGGUACAUCCGAAAUAUCCUGCGGGCUUUUGCACCAGUUUCCUGAUCACAGACCAGCUGGGUUCGCUGCGUCAGCACUUUCACAACUUCCGCUUUGAGAUGUUUCCUUCGCGGUCUGCGGCCGGGGAGCCACUUUCUGCUCUGGAGGUCGUUGCCGUGCGGGGUCUCGAGGGAACGCCCUGGCUCGAAAAGAAACAGUUUGAGGAUCUCUCCACGAAGGCUGCUGAACUGGUGGAGUUUGAGCUGGGACAACUGCGGCAGCUGCCGCCUUCCCAAAUCCUGGUCACGGAUCGCUUUGAAGAUUGGAAAGACCGGUUGGCCAAAGCUUACAGGCGGAUGUUGGCGCUGCACGGAUGA